UGACGUCAUUAACGUGCGGAGCAGGUCAGCGGUUAUCAGUGCUGCGCAUGUUUUUGGCGGGAGGAAUAGAACGGCCUAAGCGAAGCCUGUGCACGUUCGGGACAAUUUGCUAAAAUAAGAUCAGAAGUUAUACUGGAGAACGUUAUCUAACGCUCGAAAUGUCGCAAGCUGCUCUAGAUUUAAACCCUCAAACACUGCAAGAGUUAUCAGUUUGUCUUCAAGCAACACUUUCAACAGAAAAACAAGAGCGAAAGAAAGCUGAAGAUUACUUGCACUCUGUGGAAGGUGUCCCAAAUUAUGGUUUGCUGCUUUUAAAAUUGCUGGAUAGCCCUGAGUGUGAAAUGUAUAUCAGGGUAGCGGCAGCAGUCAAUUUCAAGAACUAUGUGAAAAGAAACUGGCGAAUCGUUGAAGGAGAAGCAAACAAAAUUUGUGAUGCAGAUCGUUUAUCAAUUAAGCAGCUGAUAGUCAGUUUAAUGCUGAAGAACCCAGAAGCACUUCAAAGACAGCUUAGUGAUGCUAUCAGCAUAAUUGGAAGAGAAGAUUUUCCAGAGAAGUGGCAAAACCUCCUACCUGAAAUGAUUCAAAGGAUCCAAACAGGACAGCCUCAUGAAGUGAACGGAAUUUUGCAAACGGCUCAUUCAUUGUUCAAAAGGUUUCGUUAUUCGUUCAAAUCGCAAGAGCUUUGGACGGAACUAAAGUUUGUUUUAGAAAACUUUGCUGCGCCAAUGACCGAUCUUUUUGAGAAACAAUUAGAAACAGUGAAGGCUAAUCUUAACAAUGCCAAGCAACUGAAAGAGACUUUUAACAUUCUUGUCAUCAUUUCAAAGCUGUUCUACAGUUUGAACUAUCAGGAUUUGCCAGAAUAUUUCGAAGAUAACAUGAGAAGAUGGAUGACCAACUUUCAUUUUCUGCUUGUCACAGACUUCGCUGUUCUUAAAACAGAAGACUCUGAUGAAGCUGGUCCGCUGGAAAAACUGAGGUCGCAGAUAUGCGAUAAUGUGACACUUUAUGCGCAGAAAUAUGACGAAGAAUUCCAGCCUUACCUCCCAGAUUUCGUCACAGCCGUGUGGACUCUGCUCACAUCUACAAACAAUGACGUCAAACAUGACUUACUUGUAAGCAAUGCGAUUUUAUUCCUGGCAUCAGUUUGCGAGCGACCACAUUACAAAGAUUUGUUCAAAGAAGAAGGCACAUUGCAGAGCAUUUGCCAAAAGGUUAUUGUACCCAAUAUGGAGUUUAGAGAGGCUGAUGAAGAAGCUUUUGAAGACAAUCCAGAAGAGUACAUCAGAAGAGAUAUUGAAGGCUCUGAUAUCGACACACGAAGGCGGGCUGCUUGUGAUCUGGUCAGGGGACUCUGCAAAUACUUCGAAACUUCUGUCAUUUCAAUAUUCUCACAAUAUGUCAACUAUAUGUUGGAAUUAUACGCCAAAUCGCCUGCGGAGCACUGGAAAUCGAAGGACACUGCGAUUUAUCUUGUGACGUCACUUGCCGCCAAGAAGCAAACAUCAAAGCACGGUACGACAGAAGCGAGUCAAUUGGUUAACCUUGUUGAUUUCUUCAAAAGUCAUAUUGCUCCGGAUUUACAGUCGCCUAAUGUUGAUGAAUACCCCGUUUUAAAGGCUGAUGCUAUAAAAUACGUCAUCACUUUCCGAAGUGUGCUUCCACGUAACCUGAUCCUCUCUGUUAUACCCUUCCUGGUGAAUAUGAUAAAAGCGAAAAACCCAGUUGUACACAGCUACGCAGCAAAUGCAGUGGAGAGAAUUAUGACGCUGCGAAGCCCAGGCGGAGGACCACCGCUUUCUGCUGCUGAACUGAGGACAGUUAAAGAGCAAUUAUUUGCAAACUUAUUCAAUGCAUUAGAGAUGCAAGGCUCACAUGAAAACGAGUAUGUCAUGAAAGCAAUUAUGCGCAGCUGUUCAUUGCUACAAGAAACACUCACACCAAACUUAGAGCUGAUUAUAAGCAAGUUAGUUGGGAAAUUAACAGCUGUCAGUAAGAAUCCAAGCAAGCCACAAUUCAACCAUUACUUAUUUGAAGCAAUAUGUGUUCUUGUCGGAAGGGUAAUGCCAAAAACAAGCAGAGAGUAUUUGUCGAAAUUUGAGAGCGUGCUUUUACCGGUUUUUGAAGGAAUCUUGCGUGAAGAUGUAACUGAGUUUCUCCCUUACGUCUUUCAAGUUCUGUCACUGCUUUUGGAGGUUAGAGAGGAGGGAAUUCAGGGACCUUUCUACAUGGCAUUGUUUCCCCUGCUGGUUAAUCCACAGCUUUGGGACAGGCCAGGAAAUAUCCCUGCAUUGACACGAUUGCUACAAGCAUAUGUAAAAAGAGGCUCAAAACAGAUCAUUGCCGAUGGAAAACUGCUUGCACUGCUGGGUGUCUUCCAAAAGUUGAUUGCAUCAAGAAAUAACGACCAUGAGGGAUUCUACUUACUAGGAAGUCUGACAGAGUACAUGGAAUGGUCAUCGUUAGAACCAAAUAUGAAAAAUGUAGUGCUUAUUCUGUUCCAAAGACUUCAAAAUUCAAAAACAACUAAAUUCGUCAAAGGGUUUCUAGUGUAUAUAAGUCUACUUGCUGGGAAACAAACUGGUAGCACAGUUAUUAAACUCAUUGAUUCUAUACAGGCAGGACUUUUUGGAAUGGUGGUUGAAAAGAUAAUAAUUCAAGAUUUACAGAAAGUAACAGGUCCAACUGAGAGAAAAAUAUGUGCUGUUGGUAUCGCUAAAAUUCUGACAGAAGCCCCUUCAAUGCUAACUACAUAUGUGAACUUUUGGCCACAACUUCUGCAAGCUUUGAUUGGUUUGUUUGAGUUACCAGAAGAUGAUAGUGUCCCAGAUGAUGAGCAUUUCAUUGAAGUUGAAGAAACUCCAGGUUAUCAAACUGCUUUCUCUGAGCUGAUGUUUGCUGGCAAAAAAGAACAUGAUCCAUUCCAUGUUAUCAGUGAACCCAAAGAAUUUUUGGCUAAGCAGUUGUACAAACUGUCUCUCACCUGCCCAGGAAAGCUUGGACCCAUGAUAUCACAAGGUCUAGAACCAAAUGCCAUGCAGUUUCUUCAAGGCUACCUCACACAAGCCCAGGUAUCAAUUGCAUAAAGUAAAGAAUCAAAGAAUCCGACGAGAGUCCAUGAAAGGAGAUUCUGAUUGAAUUCCAACAGGCACAACAACAUUUUAUUUUGUAAGAAUGGUGGAAUAGAUUAAGCAACUGUAUUUUAAAGGUCAAGGCCCUAGCAUUAAUCUGCUACACUAUUAUCCCCAGAUAAAUUGUGUGGUAAGAUAUGUGUUCCCUACAUUGUGACCAUACCAAUAGUUGCAUUUGCAUUUUUGGAACAUGUAAUGUGAAUAAUUUAAAAAUUUAAAGAACAAUAUAAUUUUGAGGAAUAUGAGGAAAAUAUUCAAAUAGCAUCAAGUACCUGACCUUGUUGUAAAGAUUUAGAAAACAUGCUAAGGAUUUGUUAUUGGAGGUGAUAAAAAUUAGAGGUUAUGGUUGAUCAAUGUUUUACACUUUGAUGUCUGUAAAGUUGCAAAUUGUGAAUUUGUGCCAACUGCUGUAAAUUCAGAUUUCUCAAUAAAGAAUUUUGCUUGAGAAAUGUCUCUUGAAUAAUGUAAAAUGUCAAA